AGAAAAACUUCUCAGAAAACCAAAAAUAAUAUUCAUUUUCUCAUUCAGCAUUUAAAAUUUUGACUUUGUGAUCAAGGCGUCAUUAACCUAAGUUUUAGGUUAGGAUUUUGUGGUUAUUUUGGUAUUUGGUUUCAACAAUAAUCACAGUUGGUUAUUGACAAAUAUUUCAUUCUAAAUUAAUUGUGUUUCAUGGUUUUCUAUAUCUUAUUUUACCUCUGAACAUUUGCUUGAGAUUGAUAACUUAUUCAGAAUGGAAGAAUUUUGCAGGAAAUCCAUUUUAGAAAGUAUUGACUUGGCAACUGAUUAUUCUGUAAAACUUGGAGAUCUCAUUCUUUCAAUCACUGAAGCUAAAAAACAGAUUCAGGAUACAUCACAUCUAAGCUCGUCAGAAAUAGAUAAAGUGUUCGAUGCCCUGAGCAGUUGCUUGCUAAUGGCUCUUGAAAAGCGUCGUGCUGCUCUCAAGGGAAAAGUUGAAAGAAUAGAAGAACAAAGUUUGAAACCAUUGAAUGAAUGUCAAAAAGUAGUUCAACAAAAACUUGAGAUGACAAAAAAGUACAUUGUGGAAGGAAGAGAUAUACUGGAUCAGUUGCAGAAUAAAAAAGUACCGGUUGAUGUGAAGACCAAUUCUAACUAUGUUGAUAAGGCUUCUUUGAUGGGAGGUUUACCGGCUGUUCCUGGUUUGAAUGAAGUACCCGCCCUCACGUUCCAAUGUGAUUUGGAUGCUAUUAAAGAAACCCUGCUGCAAGAAAUAGAUGAUAUCGGAUCAGUGUCUCCAAUGGGGCCAGUGCAACUCACUUUUGUUGAAGAAAAGCCUGGAGGUCUUCUUGUGCACUGGGAGGAGGUGGAGCUGGACCGGCCGAUCGACGUGCAAAGCUUUCGCCUGCAAGUGGCCUCAGGCAGCUUCCCGGACGCCAACCAGAACCACACUUUGGCCCAGUACCGCGACGCGUACGAGGGCCAGGACAGUAGCCACCUGAUCCGCGACCUCUGCCCUGGCCAGGCCUACACUCUGCGAGUCUGCUGCAUGGACGCUGGCUCCCGCUCGUGGAGUGCGUGGAGUGUGCCGCGUGUUGCUGUCACGCAUGCGCCGCCCUAUGUGUGGCGUGACUGUCGGCCUCACUACGCCACCAGUGUGGGCAACAAAAUUGCCUGCAAACUCACCGCUGACAAAGUGGUCCUCUUGUCCAGUGAUAUGCUCGUUGGCGCCAACCAUUCUAUACAGUUUCAGGUGCUUGAAUUUGGCGAAACUUCUGAUUGGACGGACGGCUUAGGACUUGCCAAAGACGUGAUUAGCACAGAUUUGAACCAAUCUGGAGUUCUAUUCAUCAAUGCUAAAGGACACGUAUUUCUCGACAAGAAAGAAAAGACAACGCGCCUGCCUCCGCUGACCAAAGGCUGUCGAGUGUCGUUCACUUGUGAAUACUUUCGACAGCAGAAGAAAAUGCGAGUCAACAUAGAUAGCAUGGACAAAGCCGUCACUUAUGAUUGGAUACUUCCCGCACCGAGCUUCUAUUUCGUCAUGUGCUUCCGCAGUCCGGGAUGGAAGAUAUUAGUGGAGUAAUCCUACUGUGAUAUUUUAUCGUGUAAUUUCUUUGUGGACCAAGUUUUCUAAAACUUGAAAUAAUUUUAUUGAAUUUUCGAACGGUUGAGGUGUUAACUCAAAUUUCUAUAAUUGAUGAAUACAUUAUAUUGAGUAGUUGGAACAUACAAACGAACAGUUUAUAGAAACAGAGAAACGCUUCGUAGAAGAGUGCUCCACUAGGACUAAAUAGACUAUAUUUACUCUUGGUUAGAUUAACCCAGUUGACCUAUGGUUUGUUCAACGAGUGUUUGGAAUGAAGCUCAUCCUUCUUUUCACUUUUUCUUUAUCUACAAUCAGCUCUUUCACUAAAACGUUGUUUCUUAUCCUAAUAUCCAACUCACAAAUGUAUAUACAAACAAAUACAUACAUUACAUACAUUUGUAUAUGUACAUACAUUUUGCACUACUGAAAUGAGUUGCAUUGAUCGGAAAUACCUGACUGUGAUCUAAAACGUCAAGAUAUUUGUUGAUCUUUCUCUCUGUCUACCUGUCUCUGUCCUGUUAUUGUGAAAGUGCUUCACACCAAACUAUCCAUGGACAAAUAGUUCAUAGAAUCCAAUCUACAGCUAGUACUUGAAUUCUUGAGAAUUUUAUUGGACUAAUAAAAUGCCGGAAAAGCUUCAUCGUGUAUCUAUUAUUAUAGAUAGACCUAAUCCUGAGUAACACAAAGUGUAGUUUGUGUUAUCUUAGUUGGAUAGUUGGACUUAGAUCCAUGAUUAGGAAUUUCUGUUUUCUUACAGAUGAAAAAUAUUAGUACGAUAUAAUCGUACAAUAAUUGACCAAUCCUUGAUUACGGUAUAAGAUUUGUUUCACUUGUAUGCACGAUCUUAGAUUUUGUCUCCAAUCUUCAAGAAAAAUCUGUUCUAUCUUAAUCAGGGAACUUAUAGCUUUCAUAAAUGUAUGUGUGUUCUAAAAUCUUUUAAUAAGUGACGAAAUGAUUAAUAUCUAUAAUUCAUUAUUUUAGAAAACGUCGUGAUCCAUCCACUCUCUCUUAUUGAGUAAGGUUUGGAAUAAUCAUUUUCAUUUCUUCACUUUUCCAUUCAUCAGGUGAAGACUCCGUUUUCUUAUGCUCCAGACUAUUCUAUUCUCCAUAGUAUGAAUGAAACCUCUUGUUUGGAUGGUUGAAUUAUUUUUACAUGAGAAGAGUAGGUUAGAUUUUUAUUGAAAAGUUAGGAAGUUUGUGUAAAAUUAUUUUUUUUGUUGAAUUAUUAAUUUAAUAACUCAUUACCAUCAUGAUAGUAAUGAAUAAAUUUACUUAUUGUUAGUAGCUUCAAUUUGUGUGAAAAAGUAUUAUUAUGUUGUCUGUUCACUAUCAGGAAUUUUUAUUCCUAUCCAAACGUUUACUUUCUUGUUUAUUAUUCAUGUCUCAUUAUUAAUGUAAUGUUUUGUUAAUUUUAUGUUUGACUGACAAUAAGUUGCAUUAGUAAUUUUUACCCACGGAUAGUGUCUUUAUAAUAACUUGUGUUCAAAUAAUAUUUACAAUAAUAAUCCCGUUAUUUUAGAGAAACGAGUGUUGACACACUCAAAAAUUAAUAUUUGUUUUGUUAGUUGUAGUUUUCUAGAUAUUUUGUUAUCUACUGCUAAGACUAUGUUAUUCAUUCAUAUUAUGUAGCCUUGGUAGAAACUUUAUUCUCUGCCAAGUUUUAUAUUAAUCGUCCUAUUCUUUCAAUAGAUUUACCUAAUCGUCCAUAUUAAUAUUUUUUCAUUAGCAAUAAAAAUUGCAUCAUUAUAACAUUUUUUCCAUGUUUAUAUCAGACGUUUAUUAGCUGCAUCACUUUCAUCCAAUAAAAAAGCUGUUAUAUUAUUAUUAAUUGAUAGUUGAAAUACUAUUCCAUUCCCAUCUAUAUAAUAGAUCUCAUUUAUUAUCAUUCGUUGUAUUCUAGGAAUUUUAAUAUUAAUUUCUAUAUAUUUAUGUACAUGUAUAACCUGUUCUGAUAAAAUAUGUGUUUCGAGAUAAAAUAUUAUUGUUUCCAGCAUGAAAGUUUUUCAAAUGGACACAAAUUCAAUCAAUUCUACUUCAAAACAAUAAUAUAUAUUUUUUUUGAUAAUUGUUAAAGUCGAUAGAAUUAACACUGUGUGUUGAAUUGAACAUGUUCUAUUCUAUAUUUCAGUUUUAAUAAUUUGAGUUUUAUAUACUUAUUGUAUUUAGUAUGUUCUUAAUCGUUUCUGUGUGUUUUGAGUAUUACGUUUUAACAAUUAUCUGUUGAAAAUUGUUCUCUUGAUGUGAUGAUAAUGUUUUGUGACACUUUAUAAAUAGUAUACUAUUUUGUUUUCUGUAAGAUUCAUGCACAAUUAUUAUACAUUUUUGAAACUUUGUAUUCUUAUAUAAUUAGCUGAGUUUGAAAUGCAUUCCCAGUUAUGUUUUCAAAAACAUGGGAAUAAUUUAUUACUAAUAUGCAUUUAAUGUUUAAAAGUAAUAGGUGCCUUAGAAUAGACACUUUGUGUGUCUGAAAAUUGGAUUGUCUUAUUUUUUAACGCUGGCGUGCUUUUAAAUCUAUUAGCUGAAAGCUGAUGAAAUCUAAUUUUAUAACGCUUCAAGAUUGUUACAAGAUGUUUUUAGCAAGAAUCACUUUUGUAAUAAGCUAGUGUUUCCUCAAUCUGUUUAAUCGUUCAGUGAAUAAAUUUUUGAAUUUUCCAGUAUUAUUUUUGUCUUCUAUU